AUGGGUUCUCGCUGUGCCAAGAUUGGCAUGGGCCACGGCCGCGGCCACGAAUACUCCAUGAAGAAGCUUGUGGCCUGCGUGAGCCAGGAUAACUUCUCCUUGUCGUCGGAGGGCGAGGAGGAGGGGGGCGAGGAGGAGGCGGGAGAAGAGGAGGAGCUCCCGGUGCAGGGCCAGCUGCUGCUGAUGGAGGCCGGGCAGCAGGAGGAAGGGGCCGAAGACACCGACUCGGGGGCCCAGCAGGGCCCCGAGCCCAAGCAGACGCGCUCCUGA